AUGGUCACCCGCGCCCAGGUCCAACACUCCAACGCCGCCCUUACAUCCCGAACCGCGCCCCGAACGGCCGUCUUCCUAGGCGGCACGUCAGGCCUCGGCAAGCUCACCCUCAUCGAGCUGGUAUCCCUCGGCUUUCCCAUACGGGUCUACAUCGCCGGCCGCAAAGCCACGGAGCCGGCGAUGAGACCCGUGCUCGAGGACCUGCGGCAGAAGAACCCGCGUGCCGAGCUGAUUUGGCUCGAGGCCGAGGUCUCGUUGCUGGCGGAGACGAGAAGGGUUUGUGAGGUUGUGAAAGCGAAAGAGACGAGUCUCGAUUUUUUGUGUUUGACGGCUGGGUAUGCGCCUUUUGGGGGGCGGAAUGAUACUGCGGAAGGGAUAGAUGUCUGCCAUUCCCUGGAGUACUACUCCCGCAUGCUCGCAACCCUCCACCUCCUCCCCCUCCUCCGCGCCUCCGCCUCCGCAUCCUUAUCCUCCCCCGGCCCAAGCCCCUCCCCGCGCGUCCUCACCGUCCUGGCAGGCAGCAUGCUCUCCACCCGCAUCGACGCAACAGACCUCAACCUCACCCGCUCGUCCCCCAGCAACACCAACAGCAGCAGACUCUUCGGCUUCAAGACGCAGACGCACAUGUCAAUCAUGAACACCCUCUUCCUAGACAGGCUCGCCUCCGACCCGGCCAACGCGGGGGUGUCUUUUGUCCAUAAUUGGCCUGGCGCCGUGGACACGGGGAACAUGGCGCGGUAUCACACGCCGACGUGGUGGAGUCCGUUCCCGCUGACGAAUUUGCUGAGGCCGUUGUUUUUGGUGAUGGGGUUUGAGGAGAGGGAGGCGGGUGAGAGGCAUGUUUAUUUGGCGACUUGUGGGAGGUUUGGUGGGAAACCGAAAGGGGAAAAGGAGGGGGACGGGAAGGAGAAAGGAUGUAAGAACACGAGGGGGGAGGAGGGGAGGAAUGGGUUGUUUUUGGUAAAUCAUAAGGGGGAGGUUUCGUAUAGCGAGAGUGCUUUGGUGGAGUUGAGGGGGAAUGUGCAGGGGAAGGUGUGGGAUUUGACGAUGGAGAUCUUGGGGCCGUAUUUGUGA